UUUAUCUAUGUUCAAUUGUUCCUCCACCUCUCUCUGGACGGAAACAAAUCAGUCGUAUCAUACAAACAAGAACAGGAUCCUCUUCCGGGCUCGGACUAUUAUGCAGCAUUGCCAUUGACGAUCGAACGUGGCGUGAGGGCAUUGGCUAUUCUGCUUCUACAGUCUACACCAAUUGAAUUGAAAUAUAUUUCGGCUUCCGGUUCAGAAUCGAGAAUUGGUUUUCUGUCCUUGAAUUAUGCAUAAAACAGCUCAAGCUUGGUUCAUGGGGGGACCCAGCAGCACCGAGCAGAAAUCCUCGUCUCUGCUCGCCGAUUGGAACUCCUACGCCUCCUCCAAAGCUUCCGAAGAGAGCGGAUCGUCUAGUCUAGGGUUCGAUCUCGAGUCCGCAGUGAAGUCUGCCAACGAGAAGGUCACCGGCACCUUUAACGUGGUUUCAAAAGGAGUGAGAGAUUUGCCUGGGAGCUUUCAGUCUGCUACUAGCAAUGUACCUUCUGGAAAAUCUCUUAUGUACUUUGGCUUGCUGCUGGCAACUGGAGUGUUCUUCAUUUUCAUUGCAUUCACCAUGUUUCUCCCGGUCAUGGUGUUGAUGCCUCAGAAAUUUGCCAUCUGCUUUACCCUUGGUUGUGCUUUCAUCAUUGGGUCAUUCUUUGUACUCAAGGGUCCAAAGAAUCAGCUUUCCCACAUGUCAUCAAAGGAGAGGCUUCCCUUCACACUGGGAUUCAUUGGCAGUAUGGUGGGUACCAUCUAUGUUUCUAUGGUGCUUCACAGUUACGUUCUAUCUGUGCUCUUCUCUGUGUUACAGGUGAGUGCGCUUAUAUACUAUGCUGUCUCUUACUUCCCUGGUGGGUCUUCUGGACUGAAGUUUCUUUCUUCAACUAUUACAUCUUCUGUAUUGAAAUGUUUUGGCAGGUGAUGUUAUUAUCCUCUCCCCCUUUCUUUAAUUGCCUCCCAUUUUUGUUAUUUUCUAUCUCAAGUGCACGCCCAUAAGAGUUGUAACAUUCUGAGAUACUUCUUCUUUUUCAUGCAUCUAUCUGGUAUUACAAACCAAUUUAGAAAGAUCAACACCCAUGUAUUGGAGUCAAAUUGUUUUGAAAUUAAAUACAAAAAAUGUUUUGAAAUUGACAUUUUUCAUGAGAAAUGAACAAGGAGAUAAAGGUAUCAGUUGCCAAAGGGUGCA